AAGGGUGCAGGACGCACUCCAUCAGCAGCUUCACUAACGCCCGACUGUCAUCCGUGGAGAAGGUGCUCACAUCUUCAGCAGCUCCGUUUGCAGCAGGUUCGCAGUUUCAACCGACGUAACAUGGGUACGAUUUAAAACGAGGUGUCUUACCGAAGCGUUGGCAGUUUCAUUCAAGAAGAUUCUCUGAAAGCUCGUCCUGCUUUAAGAUAGAAUAAUGAUGGAGUAUUGGAGGCAGUGCGCGCUGUGGUUAAUAAACUGCAAAGUCCUUCCAUCUAACCAUCGGGUCACGUGGGAGUCUGCACAGGUAUUUGACUUGGCACAAACCCUGAGGGAUGGAGUUCUACUGUGCCAUCUGCUCAACAACCUGAGGCCCCAGUGCAUCAACCUGAAGGAAAUCAACCUCCGACCGCAAAUGUCACAAUUCCUGUGCCUGAAGAAUAUCAGGACCUUCCUAGCGGCAUGCAGCGAGGUAUUCGGGAUGAAGAAAAGUGACCUGUUUGACGCCUUUGACCUUUUUGAUGUCAGGAACUUUGUAAAGGUUAUGGACACACUAUCCAAACUUUCCCACACAGCCAUUGCACAGGAAGUUGGAUUCAGGCCUUUUCCUACAGAGGAGAGUGUUGAAGAUGAAGACAUCUACAACCACCUGGAGGACCUAAUUGAUGAGAAUGGGGUAGAGGAUGAGGAGGAUCUGUAUGACUGCGUGUACGAUGAUGAAGACGGUGGAGAGAUCUAUGAGGACCUGAUGAAGACAGAAGCCAUCCCUCCUCCGUCAUUCCAGAAGCAGGCUGAGACUGACAUCAGGAGUUGCUGUCUAACAGAGAUUAAGCAGACAGAGGAGAAAUACACUGAGACCCUGGAGUCUAUAGAGAAGCACUUUAUGAUGCCUCUCACCAUGUUUUUAUCCAUGACUGAGAUUGAGAAGGUGUUUGUAAAUGUUCCGGAACUGGUUAAAGUUCACAAGUGUUUACUGCAGGAAAUCCAAGACUCAGUUCACCAUAGAAGUGCCCAGAACCUUUACCAGAUCUUCAUUACUUUCAAAGAGAGGUUGUUGAUCUAUGGGAAAUAUUGCAGCCAUGUGGAGACAGCCAUUGCCACCCUUGAUGACAUCUGCAAAAACAGAGAGGAUGUACGCAUGAAGCUAGAGGAAUGUUCAAAAAGAGCCAACUACGGCAAGUUCACUUUGAGAGAUCUACUGGUGGUUCCUAUGCAGCGGGUCUUGAAAUAUCAUCUCCUCCUGCAGGAGCUGGUGAAACACACUCACGAUGCCACUGACAAGAGUAAUCUACGAACUGCAUUAGAUGCCAUGAAGGACUUGGCUCAGUACGUUAAUGAAGUCAAAAGGGACAAUGAGACGCUGCGAGAAAUAGAUCAGUAUCAGAGAUCCAUAGAGAACCUGAAUCAGCCUCUGAGUAACUACGGGAGACCGAAAGGUGACGGGGAGGUACGGGUGGCCACAGUAGACAAGCGGGCUAAACAGGACAGGCACAUGUUCCUGUUCGAUGCCGCGGUGAUCGUUUGCAAACGGCGAGGAGAUAACUAUGAAAUGAAAGAAGUGAUCGACUUGCACCUCUUCAAGAUCACCAACAACCCCACAUCCGACAAGGACAACCGAAAGUGGUCCCACGGAUUCUACCUCACUCACAACCAGGGCCAGAGCGGCUUUGAAUUUUUCUUCAAAACCAAAGAGCUGAAAAAGAAGUGGUUGGAGCAGUUUGGCAUGGCCAUAUCAAACAUUCGUCCUGAGAAUGCGACUAACAACUUCCAUGAGUUUCGAAUGCACACUUUUGACAGAAUCACCUCCUGCAAUUCCUGCCACAUGCUGCUGAGGGGCAUCUUUAACCAGGGCUACUUUUGCUCCAAAUGUGGUUUGGGCGCCCACAAGGAAUGCCUAGGUCGCUUUGGCUCCUGCGGAAAAACAGAUCCCGGCUCCGUCAGAACUCAGGGUCGGAAUCGAGAUCCAGGUCUGCCCAAGAUGCUGGCGAUCAGGAACUACUUUGGCGUGCCGAGCCCCACUUCUGGUCCAGCGCUCAACAUACAGACGGGCGACAUCAUUGAGUUAAUCUGCGCAGACCUUCACUGCCCCUGGUGGCAGGGCAGGAUCCUGUCCACCAAAGACAUCGGCUUCUUUCCGAGCGACGCUGUGAGGCCUUGUCCAUGUGUAAAGCCUGUCGAUUACUCCUCCCAACUUUGGUUUGCAGGUCCCUUGGAGCGGUUCCAGGCCGAAGCAGAACUCAUCAACAGGGUCAACAGCACCUACCUGGUCCGGCAUCGCAGCAAAGAGUUUACAGAGUACGCAAUCAGCAUAAAGUACAACAACGACGUGAAGCACAUAAAGAUCCUGACCAAGGAGGGCUACUACUACAUUGCAGAGAACAAGAAGUUCAAGAGCAUAUUAGAGCUGAUCGAGUAUUACAAACACCACUCUCUGAGGGAAGGUUUUAAGAGUCUGGACACUACGCUGCAGUUUCCUUACCGAGAACCAGAGAAUGCUGCUGUACACCGCCUGAACCGAUCAGGCGGCAACACUCCAUUGCUCUGCGGCCUCUCUCUUGUAACUCCUGCCGGCUACAGCUUUGUGCCUCCUUCCUCUGCUCCCUUCUGGUCAGUUUUUACUCCCAAAGUGAUUGGUGUAGCGAUAGCGCGGUACGACUUCAGUUCCCGUGACACCCGGGAGUUGUCGCUGCAGGAAGGAGACUUGGUCAAGAUCUACACAAAGUCUGGUGCCAACGGCUGGUGGAGGGGCGAGGUCAACGGCAGGGUCGGCUGGUUUCCAUCCACAUACGUGGAAGAGGGAGAGGAGUGAACAAUCCCAAACAAACAAAGAAGAGUCUGAUGAAAGAAGAAUGGCAGCAGUGGACUGAGUAAACUGAGAACAUAACAGUGAACGUCUGCAUGGCUGCAGGUGCUUCACUCAUUUCCACGGCGCCCCGUGGCCUUUGGUAGAGAAACGGUCUACGUCAGGCUGCAGAUGCAGAGAUGCCCUCACGUUUCUGGUUGACUGUGGCCGAGCAACUCCACCAACAAGCAGCUUGACUGUCAGCAGGGACCAAGCGCUCACCACACAUUUCCCUUUCUCCCUUCCUGACUUCAUCCUUCCAUCCAUAAUUCAUCCCUCGCUUCCUUUCUGCCGCAGCCAGCCACAGCACCCCCCCUCUAAACUCCCACCUGUUUCUGCCUGCCAAGUCAGCCGUCGCCAGAACUGUCACAAGCGAAUACUUAAAUGCCGCUCUUCCAUUCAUGCACUCAUCUAUCCAUCCAUUCAUCCAUCAACUCUCAUCCGCUGCUCCGUGUGGGAAUACAGUCAUGUGAGAGCUGCAGGGACCUUCGCUGCAAAGGCUGCAAAGCUUUUUUUUUUCUUUUUCAUCCCCCGUCUCACUCUAAAGGGAUUUCAGUCAGUUUUGACCUUGCCUGUGUGUUUGCUCCACAAACGCGAGCGGUUAUUGAUGACUUGAUGACCUAGAUUCACACACAUAUACACACACCACCCACCUUUCCUCCCGUUCAGAUUAUUAUCACCACACACACUCUUACUGGAGAUGGAAGAGAGGGAUGGUGUCGGAUAGCAUCGCUGCAACUCGCCAGCAAUUGAUCGCUGCUGUUCCUGUUUUCCUCCCACCUCCGACAUCCUUUAUCUCCGGCCCAGCCUCUCAUGUUUUCGCUUGUCUUGGCUGUGAGCGAUCCGACGCCCUUAUCGGUGGCAGCUCUGUCAACAAGCGCCCAUUCGCUCAGGUUUUAUCCUAUUGGAGGCAUUAGCCGCUUGUUGGGGAGCGAUUGGCUGUUUGUUCAUGAGAGGCUGUGAACCAAGAUUUGUACUUCAUCUAUAUUUUCUUCAGAUGAUGCACAAAAACCUGCUUCAUCUGAUCCAUCAUCUUACAGGCCAGUAGUUUCACUAAACACUUGUUUCUUUUUUAAUGGAAGUAAAUUGACCAAAACAUUUACAUUUACAAAUUGGGUCUGGAAUCAGCUUUCCAGCUGCUCCUCUUCUCUGCCUUUCAACCUGCACAAAGUCUCCUUGAUCCACAGUUAAAGAGGAUUUUCCCACCUUUACAGGACAUACCUGCACAACACUACCACAUUUUUAGCAGUAAUAGAAAAAGAAAGAAGAUCCAGCUUGAAUCACUGGGGUCAGACUAAAAACUCUUCUAUGGCUAAUUAGACAGACUGUAAUUGGAGAUUUGCUUAAUACAUGUUCAUUCUGAUUUAUGUUCACAUAAUGGGCAAAAAUGAAGGUAAACAAUAUGAAUGACUGCUUUCUUUUACUACUUUGUGUCCUGAAGUUGCCUUCUCACCACAUUUCCAUUGUUCUUACUCAUCAACAUUGAAAUUAAGAAAGCUAUGGUGGUUAACUUCAACUGUAGUGAUGCUACUGGAAGACAUGCAGAGGCUUAAAUAAGGUUUUCAUGUAAAGAUAUGCAUCUGAGCCGACUUAAUGGAGCCAUUAUAUUUGAGGAUGGUUAAUGACCCACCAGAUUUGAUCAGUCAGUUGUAUAGUUCAACUUCUGGACUGAAGAAAAGUAUUUCCCCAGUUUCAGCCCAUCUGCAGUGUCAUUACAUGACCACUAGAUGGCAGCAUCUUAAACAGGUCUUCAUCUAAGUGCAAUCAUUCUUGGCUUGUUUUAGUUUGGAGAUUACAUCAUCUGAUUAGGACAGGGAUGAUAUUUGAGGACUGUGACUAUCUUGUUAAACUGGGAAUAUACAAUGGUAUGACUGGAAAUGUUUCUGACUUUCAUUUAAAAUUUCAACCGUUUCAGAAACUUGAUGGUUAUUGAAGACCUUUUAAGAUUACAUUUUUUCCUCUCUGCAUCUCAAAUGUAAAAUAUUACAUGUAUAAGUUCCUUAGGAAAGAUUGGUGCAAGAAGAGGCACAAACACAAUCCAACACCUUUUUCCCAUCGUAGGAGGAGGAGUCAGAGUGGGCUCUAAUCGCAGACUCCAGUAAUCCACUCCUGCUCUUCCUCCUCUCAGACGAACUCUGACAGCGGGGCCAUUUACAACUGCAGACCUCCCUCUCCUCCCAGUACGCUUUCAGAUUUUUUAAAAUUUAUUUAUUUUGCAGAGGAGGGAUGGGUGGAAGGCUCAAGGGUAUCUGUGAUCUAAUCAUUACACCAUCUCCUCACCUCAGCGACCCCUCUGCAUUCAUCUUUCUGUCGGAUCCCGUCUCUAUCUCACCGUGUCACUUCUCUCUCUGUACUGCCUUCUUUCCUCAUCCGUCUCUCAACCACUCUCCGUCUUCUCGGUUUCUCUCUGUAUUCUGUUCCUCACCCUCUGAGGACUGUGAGCUUUGCCGCCGCUGCUGCUGCUGCUGAAUGUUGGCAGGAGGAGAUUCAACAUAAUGGAAAGAGGAGGGAGAAGCGGUCUGUACCUUUGAAGAAAAUUCAACAUUACCUUAAAUUAAUACGCCAAUUAGAGAAUGGAUCUGAAUUUUCUCUUUCCAUUAUUAUUUCAUCAUAUGCUGAGUGGGGAAAAAGCAUCUCUUCAGGUUCAGGGAAAUCACAUCGUACAGAUCCACUUAUUUCCUCUUCACACAACUUUGCAUCCACUGCUCCACAUCUGUUUGUUUUCCCAAUGAAGCCAAAGAUGUUUGCUUACUGUGCGCUCCAUGUUAUGUCUCAUAACCACGGUACCAACCGCUGUGGCCUAACUAAAACCGUGCAAUCCUGACUGUGUAGCAGAACCCUGUAUUGUUGCUGUAUCAUACUGUAAAUGAUGUAAAUAGCUUAUAAAUAAAGAUAUACGCUGCUUUUAA